UUUGUAAAUGCUGACAAAAGUACCUAUCAAAUAAGAAAACUACCGUUGUACCCAUGAAAGAUGGGUUCUGUGUGACAAUAGUACCCAAACCGUAAUUUUUCGUUGACUUUUUAACAAAAUUUCCAAAUUACUCCUUCUAUCUUCUUCCCUAAAUUCCAAAUUUCACAAUCAUCAUCCUUCGUCUUCCUCCUCUACUGCUGCCAGCCACCAGGCAUGAAGACGUUUCCUCCCUCCGACACCUUUUACUGGUACAAAAAUGAAGACGUUUCCUCGUACCGAGGUGGCUUGGAGCUGUGGAACCAUCAUCAUCAUCAUCACCAACCGGAACACGACCUCAUACCUCAAGCAAGGCCUCUCUUCCACCAAGAUCUUUACAGCUCCGCGGCCGGCUGCUCUAGGAGUGGGUCCAACCACCGUGUCCGACGAUCAGUCACCCUCGAGAUCGGCCUUCCUAGUGACGGCGUCGGCCGUGGGGAGCGGAGCAGCAAGUGGAGCAGGUGGGAUUAGCUGCCAGGACUGCGAAAACCAGGCGAAGAAGGAUUGCCCUCACAUGUGGUGCAGGACAUGCUGCAAGAGCCGUGGCUUCGAUUGCCAAACCCAUGUCAAGAGCACUUGGGUUCCCGCUUUCAAGCGCCGCGAGAGGCAGCAACAACUCGCCUCUAUCCAACAACAACAGCUUCUUACUACUAAUGUUCCCAAGCGCCAAAGAGAUCAUGUCUGGUGGCUGGCAGCAGCGGAGGAGAAAGACGAAGGAUGAGGGUUGUGAAAUUUGGAAUUUGGGGAAGAAGAUAGAAGGAGUAAUUUGGGAAUUUUAUUAAAAAGUCAACGAAAAAUCACGAUUUGAGUACUAUUGUCACACGGAAUCCAUCUUUUAUGGAUACAACAUUAGUUUUCUUAUUUGAUGAGUACUUUUGUCAGCGUUCACAAAAUUUAUGGGUACAAAUGGUAGUUUUUCCAAUAGUAAAACUAUUAAAAC